AUGCGCUCGUCCACCCCCACGGGCUACUGGGGACCACCGACGUCGACCAUCGACUGGUGCGAGCUCAACUACGAGCACAGCUUCUACAUCGCCGAGUUCUGGAACACCAUCAGCAACUCGCUGUUCGUGCUGCUUGGACUCUAUGGCCUUUAUCGCAGUAUCAAAAUGGGAUUUGAGCCUCGUUUCCACUUACAAUUUAUUGGCGUAAUGCAGUGUGACGAGACGCCGAUGGUUUGGUCCAUUUUGGCGUGGAUCUACAUUGUGUACAACAACGAGAUCGAGCAAAUCCCCAUCAAGAACGCAAAUAAUUAUGUGAUCGCCUUCCUGACUACGAUCGGCGCCAUCUUUACGGUCGUACACGCCAUUUACCGGUUCACGACGGUCUUUCAAGUGUUCUUUGGCGUUUUGGCUCGCGCCGUGGCCAGAUCAUAUGUGACUUCAAGUCUCAUUGGCUUCGCAUUCUGGCUCAUGGAUUACCAUUACUGUCACAUUGUCCGGGAACUACCCAUUAACCCGCAAGGCCACGCCUGGUGGCACAUGUUCAUGGGGAUUUCGACGUACCACGGCCCGAUCUUUAUGCAGUAUGUUCGCAUGGAGCAACUUAAGAAGAAAGUUCGUAUCCACGACACGUGCAUUGGAAUUCAGACUAUCGUUGUGGAGAACAUCGGACCUGAUAGCCCCAAGAAGCCAAAGCAUUGA